AAAAAAUAAAAAUAAAUUCAAAAGAUAAAACGGAGAAAACAGAAGAAAACUUUUUGGAUGAAAAUCAUUACGUAGACAAUCAAAAUUUCAAGAUGGCGACAAACACAAACAAAUUCAGCAAAGAAAACGAAAAUGCACUUUCGGAAAGUAUUCAGAAAUCGCUAAAACUAGAAUUUUCUGCCCUGAGAAGCUCAAAUGAGGAGAUAACUAAAAAACUCGAAGCUAUGUGCGAAUCUUUCGGGAAAAGAAUGGAACAGGUCGAAAAGAAAAUAGAAAACUCCGAACAAAAACAGAACGACUUCCAUUCCAGAUGAAGGUUGAAAAGGAACCGCAAAACUUGAACUUUGUGUUAAAUCUCACAAUAAGAAACAUAGAAUUGGAUAUUUUUCAACGAAAGAACAAUACUAUGAUUUAUAAUAUACCUGAGGUGACGAGAGAAGAUGUCCUAAGCGUCAAUCAAAACGAAACUAAAGAGCCAGCUCGACGUAAACGAGGAAUCUAUAAUGGCGGCUUAUCGCAUUGGAAAACCGAACGUACAUGACGUAACACAGAACCGAACGAAAGUCAGACCGAUUCUGGUGCAAUUGAACUCAACGAUAAUGGGAGACAAGAUCAAGCGGAAAGCGUGGUCGACAAGGGGGCCAGCGGAAACGAAAGUAAUAAUAGGAGAGGAUCUACCAGAAGAAGCCAGAAGGAUAAAGAAAAGGGCGUAUACAGAGGUUAUAAAGCCAGCAAAGGAGUCAGGCAAGACCCAAAUUCGAUGGAAUGGUCUAAAA